ACUACAUUUGGUACAAUAAGUUUUGAUUGGAUAGAGACCAAUUCAAGUGCUGCAAAAAUAAAAAAAUCACCAGAUAACUCUAGAAUUGUUCUCUUUGAUUCCAAAGGAACUAGAUUAUCAGAUGACCAGGAAGUUUGGCAAAUGGAAGCAGCAG